AUGGCAGAGGCGUCGAAUGGCGAAGCACCACCCCAGCAGCAGACCUCACAAUCCGUUGGCGACCCUUUCUCUGCCUUCUCCGACAACCUGCUUGGCGCCGUGCUGCUGCGCGUCGCGUGCAACGGCGUCAGAUUUGUCGCCCAGGAUCGUCCAAUUACCGACGAGGAAGAAGCCGACGCGGAAAGGAAGGUCGACGACGCCCUCCUUGAGCCGCUCCCCUCUGAAAGCGCCUGGCUCGCCGGCAAUCCCAAGGCUUCCGGCGAGGCCAUGGAUGGUCGUUCUUCCGGCAGUCUCAAGCACCUCCCACCGUCGCUCUCUGCGAGCAGCACGCUGGAGCGCCUCUCUCUCAACGACUGCCAAGCGCGCUUAUCCCUGCCGCACGCCAUCGGCCACAUUCCCACCCUGGCACGCGUCGAUCUCCUCUUUCUCGACGCCCUCACCGCGCUUCCCGACUCCCUGGGAUGCACGCCGCAGAUGCGCAAGCUGAAGGUCAUCCACCCUCGCCCGCCUCACUCUCGAUGGCUGCGCCGCGUGUUGUUUGGGCAGCUGGGGAAGCUGCAGGAGCUGAGGCUCCACGCCUGCUACGGGCUACUCGAGCUGCUCGCGUCAUUCACAAAUCUCUCAUCGCUUGAAACCCUAGCCAUCUACGGGGGAACGUCGCUCAUCUCUCUGCCACCCUGCCUCCAGCACCUCCUGCAGCUGCGCCGCCUGGAGCUCUUCAACUGCGCCAUGCCGAACCUGCCGGAGAGGUUCGGGCAGCUGCCAAAACUAGAGAUUCUCAAGGUGGGGAGCAGGGAGAGUUACAGAAGGAACGGCGUGGAUCCAGAGCAGCCCGCGUCACCUGCUUGCCCCAUGGGGCCCUCACCGGCCACACUGAAUGAACCGCUCUUGGGCCGCUGCCUGCUGCACAGCUUCCCGGCGUCUUUCUCCCAGCUCACGUGCUUGCAGCAGAUGGUCAUCGACGGCUGUGACGCGCUGGACAGCCUGCCAGAGGCGCUGGGACGGCUAGCAGCGCUGCAAGUGCUGCACGCGCUCUUUGCUCCUCCCAGCGGCGCCCCACCGGAGGACCUACUGGGCGACUGGGAGGCGGGCACAGACACCCAUCCCAUCUUUGGCUUCCGCAUCGACCCCCACCCCGGUCCGCCCGCCAGCCUGGCGUUCCUCUCGUCCCUGCAGCACCUUGCCAUCGUGCAAUCCGGGCUGCCCUCACUGCCUAGCAACCUGAGCGAGCUGAGAAGCCUCAGAGCACUCAUUGCCCUCCCACAGCUGGCGCGCCUGCCCAAGAAUCUCGGGCAGCUGAAAGCCCUGAAAGAGCUUAGUGUGGAGUUCUGUGACGCGCUGAUGGGGCUGCCUGCGUCCAUGGGCCUCCUCUCCUCCCUCGUCCUCUCCAUCACCGAAUGCAACAAGUUUUCCUCCCUCCCUGCCUCCAUGGGCUCCCUCACCCGCCUCGCCUCCCUCAAGCUCAACUGCCUUCCGCGCCUGCGCCGCCUGCCAGAGUCCCUCUCUCGCCUUCCCGCCCUCGUGAUCCUCUCACUGGAAGACUGUGAGGAGCUACAAGCACUGCCGGAGGGGCUGGCGGGUGUGGGCAGGUUGAGGGAGGUGAUGGUGGCGGGGUGCUGCAAGCUCAGCUAUGCGCCCCAGUUGCUGCUGGCAAGGCAGAACGUGAUUGAACUCCAGGGCCUUCGGUGA